CAACACUCAAAAUGGCGGCGAUUGUUGAGGGCAGCCUGGAUUCCCUGCUGACAGGGGAUCUUUCUGAUUUUACACAGCAAAGAGCUGCUAUCCUCGAGCCGGCCUACAAGUCUUAUCUCAUAUCCACAGAUUUUCGUGAAGAUUCACCCCGUCCCUCUUCGACAUACCUGCUUCCAUCAUCCGAGGUUGUUGUCUUGAUUUCGCGCUGCCCUGAGACUGAAGCUGCAACCGACCUGCACAUCACCAAACUAUCAGACACCUUUGCGGACAACUUCAUAGGAUACUGCCCCGAAGAGAAAUGUGUGGUGUUCAAGGGUGAAAGAGGGUUGAUAGACGACUUCAUAGACUUCACCGAGUCAGUCGCAGGUGAAAAGGAAGUCACGGUGAUCCUGAAGGCCCCAGAACAAAUUCGACUACCUCUUGGCGGUCUAGAACAUGGCCUCAAGUAUGAGGAAUUUGUGGCUCGUGUUGAAGUUCUCGAGUGCGCUCUAUGGAUUGGAAACUCGCCGAGCGAACAGGAAGAAGGCGGAAUCUGUUUCACCAAACUUGCUACAGACCCUAAGCUUCCCGAGCCAGUCACAUCCAAACGAGUGCCAACACCUGACUAUGUCCACGUCACAGAUGACAACAGUCUCAGUCUUGAAGGGCUUUCAAACAUAAACUCAACCAACAUCAGGAGCCCAAUGACGGGUGCCUCAUCCCCUUUGUCCGAUCCUCCACCAUCUCCUUUGAUUCACACUCCGUCAUCUCCUCUAUCUGACCCUCCCUCUGAUAUCGAUGAAAUUUCAUUGCACAACUGGGACGACUUACAUGCGUUGUCUUCUUCGUCUGAGGGUGGCGAGACCCCUCCCUCGCUCCGGGAGUGGGAAUAA